AGGACACCUAAAGCAACUCAUUCAGAUGCCAACAGUCCAACAGUCACCAUCAUGCUGCUCCUGCCACUCUUACUAUUUUUUCCUUCUUUGUUAGAAUUGAUGUUUGCAGUGCAAAACAGCGCUCUCUAUCGAUAUCCAACAGGCCGUGUUUCAUUUGGUAAAUUCAAGUGUGAUCCCUACUAUUAUUUAUGGGAAGAGAAACUUAAAUCGUCCAUGGUGAAAGAUCAAUUUGAAUGCAGUUUCUUUUGCAUUGGUGAACCAAAGUGUUCUUCGUUCAACAUUGCAGCGUUUCCGGACUCCGAAGGCCUUUAUCUGUGUGAGUUGUUGGCUAAUGACAAGUUUAGAGGAACAGGAAAUUCCUUCAAAAAUGCCUCAUUCCAUCAUUUCAGUCCUUGGGUAAGCUCGCCUUAUAUAUUUGGUGAUUUUACUCGUAUGUUAAUUAAUAGAAAAUGCAUUAUUCGGAACGUUUUAUUUCUUUUCAGUCUCCAUGUGAAAGCGCUCCUUGUAAGAACGGCGGUGUUUGUGUUCCUGAAUAUGAAAGGAAUUCCUAUCAAUGUGAUUGUAAGCCUGGAUUCUGUGGAACUCACUGCAAACGAGGAGGUACUUAAUCCAUCUCUUUUAUUUUUUAUUUUUCUUUUGCAUGUCGCAGAAAGUGAAAAUACUGCCAUCAAGGGUAGCACAUCAAUUAAGAAACACCGUAUGUACUAUGUUCAAUUUUUUUUUAUUUUCCAAGGUGAUAAAAGCUGCAGUCAGAUCAAAUUGUGUUCUCUUCCAAGUGGCUCCUACGACAUCGACCCGGAUGGAGAGGGUGGGGUAAAACCAUUCAAAGUCUACUGUGACAUGACUGACAAGGACGGUGUUGGAGUGACAGUUGUUAACCACGAUAGUGAAAGCAGAACCCUGGUAAAUGGGUUUGAGACCCCUGGCAGUUAUUCGCGCAAUAUCACUUACAUGGAGACAGAUCUGGUUCAGCUGGCAAGUCUAACAGCUUCAUCCGUUCACUGUGAGCAGUUUAUAAAGUACGAGUGCUAUAACACGGUACUCUUCCGCAACAGUAAAGCAAACGGCUGGUGGGUGGCACUCAACGGCGAGAAAAUGUUUUACUGGGGAGGAGUCGAUUCUGAUCCAUACAAAUGCGCGUGCAGCUUGAACAACACAUGCGCAGACCCCAAUUACAACUGUAACUGCGAUAAGAAUGACAACACAUGGCGAGAGGACAGCGGUUUUCUCACUGACAAGUCUAAGCUUCCAGUGACACAAUUGAGAUUUGGAGAUACCGGCAUUACUGAUGAUGGUAUAGAUGAAAAAGCAUAUCACACACUUGGAAAACUGAAAUGUUAUGGACUUAAGUGA